GAAGACAAUUAGUAUGUGUAUGUGAUACACAAAAGACUCAAAAGUAAUAACUUGUUAGACUUGAAAUUGUGGCAUCUGAAUGGUGAAUUGAAUGACUACUGUGAUAUACUGUAUCCAGAAUAUAUUCCAGAAAUCUUCUUGCAAAGCAGGGAGACAGAUACUUUCUCCUCUUAAAUGGAGCAUUAUCUUCAAAUUGGUCUGCCCAACAUGUAAUCUUGAAUCAGACUCCUGAAAAUGUAAUUGAAUGGUUUAGGUGUAUUUGAUAGAUUCUGGAGCUUAAGUUUCAUUCAAGGUCAUCCCUGUAGUGACGAGUUUUAUGCUUUCCAUCCUGUCAAAUUUUGUGUAGUUUUUUUUUGUUCACCUGUCUUAGAGAACUUUACUGGAUCCCUGGUGUUCAUACCCAUUCUAAAAUUCCACUAGUUAGUGAGAGUCAUUUGAUUCUAAUUUCAACUUUUUUUGUCCAUGCCUCACAUUCCCUUUUACUACUAAGAAGCUUUUUGUUCUCUAUUAAAUUAAACAGAAGAAUAAUUCUACUGUUGAUAAAUUACAGUUGUCCAACUGAAGUAAGAUGUUAAGCUUUAUCUUGGACUUCUUCGUAAAGCUGGCUGGUCUGCGACCCAAGUCAUGUUUGUCUGGAUUCAGUUACCUGUAAAAUUUAAUUUCAGAAAACUGAAGUUGCUAUAAGUAAGUGACUGGUGGUGGUGUGGUGGAUAUUUUGUUAAAUGUGACUGAAUGUAUUAUGACUUCUUCAAAUCUUUCAGUUAAGUGAAAAUGACUGCAAUCAAGCAUGCUUUACAGAGGGAUAUUUUCACUCCCAAUGAUGAGCGUUUGUUGAGCAUUGUGAAUGUGUGCAAAGCAGGCAAGAAGAAGAGAAACUGCUUUUUGUGUGCCACAGUGACGACGGAACGACCAGUGCAAGUGAAUGUGGUAAAAGUGAAAAAAUCUGACAAGGGAGAUUUCUACAAAAGGCAGACUGCAUGGGCAUUACGAGAUCUUGCUGUUGUUGAUGCCAAAGAUGCUGUUAAAGAGAGUCCUGAAUUUGACUUACAUUUUGACAAAGUGUACAAAUGGGUUGCCAGCAGCACAGUGGAAAAGAACACCUUCAUUUCAUGUAUCUGGAAACUCAAUCAAAGAUAUCUUAGAAAGAAAAUUGACUUUACUAAUGUUAGUUCACAGCUUUUGGAAGAAUCAGUUCCAAGUGGAGAGAAUCAGAGUGUAGCAGGAGGUGAUGAAGAAGCUGUGGAUGAAUACCAGGAGUUAAAUGCCAGAGAGGAACAGGAUAUUGAAAUAAUGAUGGAAGGAUGUGAAUAUGCUAUUUCUAAUGCUGAAGCCUUUGCAGAGAAGUUAUCAAGAGAGCUACAAGUGCUAGAUGGGGCAAAUAUCCAGUCAAUUAUGGCCUCGGAGAAACAGGUGAAUAUCUUGAUGAAGUUGCUGGAUGAAGCUCUAAAGGAAGUUGACCAAAUUGAGCUAAAGCUGAGCAGUUAUGAAGAAAUGCUUCAGAGUGUAAAAGAGCAAAUGGAUCAGAUUUCAGAAAGCAACCACCUAAUUCAUCUCAGCAACACAAAUAAUGUGAAACUGCUGUCAGAGAUAGAAUUCUUAGUGAAUCACAUGGAUUUGGCUAAAGGUCAUAUAAAGGCCCUUCAGGAGGGAGAUCUGACAUCUUCUCGAGGCAUUGAGGCCUGCACUAAUGCAGCAGAUGCCCUUCUACAGUGUAUGAAUGUAGCUCUUCGUCCAGGACAUGAUAUGCUUCACGCAGUGAAACAGCAACAGCAGCGGUUUAGUGACUUGCGUGAGCAAUUUGCACGGAGACUUGCCAGUCAUUUGAACAGCGUAUUUGUGCAGCAGGGUCAUGAUCAGAGUUCUACUCUUGCCCAGCACUCUGUUGAAUUGACACUACCCAAUCACCACCCAUUUCACAGAGAUUUACUUCGAUAUGCUAAACUGAUGGAGUGGCUUAAGAACACAGAUUAUGGAAAAUACGAAGGGCUAACAAAGAAUUAUAUGGAUUAUUUAUCACGACUGUAUGAAAGGGAAAUAAAAGAUUUCUUUGAAGUUGCCAAGAUCAAGAUGACAGGCACAACCAGAGAAGGAAAAAAGUUUGGUCUUCAUGGAAGUUCUGGAAAACUGACUGGGUCUACUUCCAGCCUAAAUAAACUAUCUGUUCAGAGUUCGGGAAACCGUAGGUCUCAGUCAUCCUCACUGUUGGAUAUGGGAAACAUGUCUGCCUCUGACCUUGAUGUGGCCGAUAGAACAAAAUUUGAUAAGAUUUUUGAGCAAGUAUUAAGUGAACUAGAGCCUCUGUGUCUGGCAGAACAGGACUUCAUUAGUAAGUUUUUCAAACUGCAGCAACAUCAGAGCAUCUCAGGAACAGCAACGAAUGAAGCAGAGGAAAUGGAUGGAGGAACUUUAUCUCGUUCAUACACUUCUGGUGUUCCACAAACAAUAUUGUCUGAGAAGGACAUGAUCCGACAAAUGAUGACAAAAAUAUUUCGUUGUAUUGAACCUGAGCUGAAUAAUCUUAUAGCACUGGGGGACAAGAUUGAUAGCUUUAACUCCCUUUAUAUGUUAGUUAAGAUGAGUCAUCAUGUAUGGACGGCACAAAAUGUGGACCCAGCUUCCUUUCUCAGCACAACACUUGGAAAUGUUUUGGUGACUGUCAAAAGGAACUUUGAUAAAUGCAUUAGCAAUCAAAUGAAGCAGAUGGAUGAAGUAAAAAUCUCAAAGAAGAGUAAAGUUGGGAUCCUUCCAUUUGUUGCUGAAUUUGAGGAGUUUGCAGCCCUCGCUGAAUCGAUUUUCAAAAAUGCAGAACGACGAGGAGAUCUCGAUAAAGCAUACAUAAAACUUAUUAGAGCUGUUUUUGUCAGUGUUGAGAAAGUAGCCAAUGAAAGUCAGAAAACACCCAGAGAUGUGGUCAUGAUGGAGAACUUCCAUCAUAUUUUUGCAACACUUUCUCGCUUGAAAAUUUCUUGCCUUGAGGCUGAGAAAAAAGAAGCCAAACAGAAAUAUACUGAUCAUCUUCAGUCCUAUGUAAUCUACUCACUCGGACAGCCUCUUGAGAAAUUAAAUCAUUUUUUUGAAGGUGUUGAAGCUCGUGUGGCACAGGGUAUACGAGAAGAGGAAGUAAGUUAUCAACUGGCUUUUAAUAAACAAGAGCUUCGUAAAGUUAUAAAGGAAUAUCCUGGUAAGGAAGUGAAGAAAGGAUUGGAUAAUCUCUACAAGAAAGUAGAUAAACAUCUCUGUGAAGAAGAGAACUUACUUCAGGUUGUGUGGCAUUCCAUGCAAGAUGAGUUUAUACGGCAGUACAAGCACUUUGAAGGGCUCAUAGCUCGCUGCUACCCUGGAUCGGGAAUUACUAUGGAAUUCACUAUACAGGAUAUUUUAGACUACUGUUCUAGUAUCGCACAGUCUCAUUGAGCCCUCUAGAAAGGGAAAGAGAAGCUAUCUGAAAUUGUGGCUGUAUAUAAGGGAAUCAAACACUAUAAAUGCUGUUUGUAAAAGGUGUAUGUGUAGUUAACUGCCAUAUAUAUGUCAAGUUACACUCCUGCUUCAAAUGUCCUUCAGGGCAAAAUGAAGCCUUUAGAGAUUUGUUCAAGUACUGUUUGGAAGCAUUAAUUCUGUGAAACACUUCGGAUGUAGUUUUUCCCUUCCCCUAAUGUUCAGAUGCCUUUAUUUAUAAUCCUUUUUCUUGUUAAAAGCAGUAAGCACUACCUUCACAGAACACAAAAAAAGAUACUACUGUUUUCACUAAUAUUUUGUAUCUUGAAAAUCAUGUCAGCAUUAAAGACGAUCAAAUCUUUUCCAUUCCUAUUCUAGAAAGUAUGAAUGUGGAACUUUAUGCGGUGGUUAUACUGAAUUCAUAUUCUGAUAUGUAAUAUGACUAUGGCUCAGUACUUAAUUAAAUGGUGUUCAUCAGA